CUCCGCCCUCGCGACGUCGUGUCCUUGCCAACAGUCCAACCAACACUUUCCCUCAUCCCUCGCGUCACUCUCUCCCUUAGUUGAUAUCGACCCGUGAAAUCAUGCAGGGACCAGAGCUCGAGCAGGUCAUCAGGGCCAACAUCGAAGGUGUUCAGACGCUCAUCGUAUCAGACGUUUCGGGUGGUUGUGGACAGGCGUUCGAUGUGAUCAUCGUCAGCCCAGUAUUCGAAGGACUCCCUACGCUUAAGAGGCACAGGCUUGUCAACGAAAGGCUCAAGGAUCAGAUCGCGCAGCUUCACGCCUUCUCGCAAAAGACAUACACGCCGGCUCAAUAUGAAGCCCUCUCAGGCAAGACAGCCGCCCCAGCAGCAGUAGCAGCCGCUGCCUCGUCUUCAUCCUCCGCAUCCCCUUCCUCAGCCCCCGUCGCAGCCGCAAUGGCCGCCCCCGCAGGCGCCGGCGCAGGUGGCAGCCUCGCAGCCCCCAUGACCCCACCUCCCAAGACGACACAACGCCAGGCCUCGCACAAUCGCACCGCCUCGGGCGUCUCUAUCCCCGAGCUCACUCUCACAACGGACGAUGACACCCUCUCUGGCCGAGCAGCUUCAGGCGCCCCGCGUCCCUUGACCCCCCGCGAUCAGCCGGGAGGCACCACAUCAAAGGCGCCCUUCAAUGAGGUCGACUACCACUCCAGUCCCUCUUCGGCCAACCCGGUCUCCACAGGUAUCACCCGCUUGCAUCACUCCAAGAUUGGCAGCGUCGACUUCUGGGAAGGGUUGCGCGCUUGGCUCGAGUCGCAGCUUAUCACUCCUGCCUCGCCCGCCCUGGGUGGGGAAGCCACGAUGGCUGGUAGCCCGCUCGCUAGCCCUGGUGGUGGAGCUGCAGCUUCUACGGGAGGGAGGGAUCAGGUGAGGGGAGAAGCAGAGCUGAUCAGGUUGUGGGAGGAUUUCUUCCAGAGCCAGAAACCUCACCUCAGUGCGAGCGAUGUAGCCAAAGUGAGGGAUGGGGUGGGUAUGUUUGGCUGGCAUUAGAUUGCGAGCUAGAUACGACGACGUCGACGCUCUUUUCCUCUCUAUCCUUCACGACGACGACGACCAUCAUUCGUGAAUUUCAUGUCAAUACAUUCAUCCUCAUUAAUCACGUCAUGACUGCAUAGCACGCCACUCCUCGACCGCCUGCGCCAUCACUCGUCUCACGCGCGCAUCGUUGCGCAGCCCCCUCACCCACAAGAGGAGGGCAUCGUCGUCCUGCGGCACGAAGAGGUUCGACGAGGAUAAGAGGGAGAGGAGGCUCUCAAAGUCCCACGCUGCAGCCGACGGGCCAGACGUGACCACGCGAUGUCCCACCGCCCAGAGGAUGGACAACCCCACGAGGGGCAACACCCACUCCAACCCUCUCUCCUCCUUUGCGCCGCCGUGGCCGCCCUCUUCCCACAUCAAUACAUCC